CAGGCGGCAGGACCAAACGGGAGAGCUUUGGUGUGUAAUUCGAUUUCAGUGGGUUGAGUUGCCCGCCAAGGAUUUGGCGCUUCUAGGGUUUUGAACACAAGUUUCCCCCAUACUUUUUAUAGCGCACUUGCCAGAUGGAAAUGAUCGCGGAGAAGAAGAAGAUUCGUUACGAGACGAACUCUGAUGAACCUGAUAGAAUAUCUAACCUACCGGAUUCAAUUAAGUAGCAUAUACUUUCAUUUGUAGAAACUCGGGAAGCUGUUAGAACUAGCAUUUUGUCAAGCCGUUGGCGGGCAUUGUCGGAAAGCCUGCCCACUUUAGAUUUGCCUGGGCACUGCUUUCAUUCAUCUGCAAUGAAUGAACAGUUGCCCAAUUGUGAUGAUAAGGAUGAUGCGCAUAAAGCGAAGAGGGAGAAGAUUCUUAGGGUGAGAACAAGUUUUUAUGCCUUUCUUGAUCGGGCUUUAGGAUCUUGUAUGGGUAUGGAUAAGCUUAAUAUAUACAUUCCGGGUUUUGAUUUAGAGUUGAAAUCUCGUUUGGAUGGUUGGCUUGCUGGUGCUGUUAGACGCGGUGUGAAAGAGUUGGGAUUGCAAAUUCAUUCACGGAGAGAUGCUAGAUAUAAUUUUCCCAAGAGUGUUCUUGUCUCCGGAGUCCUCCAAAAAUUGAAAUUGGUGAGUUGUGAGUUGAGCUCAUCAUGCAUGGUGGAUGGCCAAUUACCUUGUCUGCGAGAAAUACGCCUUGAAUAUGUUAAUGCAGAUGAUGCGUUCAUGGUGAAUUUGCUUGCUAGUUGCCCUAACCUUGAAAAAUUAUCUCUGAAAGAUUGUGACGGAUUGACGAGACUAGAAAUCUUCAGUCUUUCUAAACUUGAGAAAGUGUUUUUGAGCACUGUGGGGGAGAAGUGGAAGUGAUUCAGAUUAAGGCACCGAAUCUUUGGAUUUGCAAAAGGUUAGAAUUGAUACCC